CAAGGAAGUUGUUGUCUUAGAGCGCAGUAGUCACAGUCUCAGCAGGACAGAUACAGCAGCAGCAGUUUCUCUGUGAAGGCAUUCCGAGGAUUCCCCGCGCCUCCAUCCUGUCUACCUGCCCAACAGGUGCAGCCGGCUGUCUGCCACCGAGAGGCGGCUCCGAGCGAGGGGGGCCGUUCAUGCUCAUCUAUGGGUGAGUGUCUGCGGAAAGCUUGUCCGUGUCUGGAAACACUAUGGCAGAGGAAUUUCAGCGACAAAAAGUCUUCUCCAGGAGAAGGAGGAGUACAUGGUGGCAGUGGAGAAGGAGGAGGGGGAGGAGGAGGAAGAUUCAGCAGUAGCGGGGAGGUCAGACAACCGAGUCCGAGUCCGACGCCGACGCUGGAGAGAGUGCCCGAGAGCGGGUGUAUCUACACGGCGAUCUGGCCGUUUGAAUCACGGCACACGGAUGAGCUGUCGUUCCAGGAGGGGGACCUGUUCAGUGUCAUCAGCCGCAGCGGGGACUGGUGGACCGCACGGAGGAUCGACAAGAACGGGCGCGUCCUGGACACCGGGAUCGUACCCAGCAACUACCUGGCCAGAGCCGAGUCGCUGGAAAUGCAACCAUGGUACUUUGGGACAAUGAACCGCUUUGAGGCCCAAAGCCACCUGCUGGGACCAGGAAAUGACCGGGGAGCUUUCCUCAUCCGACACAGUGAGAAAGACAACGUUGGAUACGUUCUUUCAGUGAGGUCGCUCAAUCGGGUGAAGCAUUUUAAGAUCCAUGGAGAUGAGAAUAACUUUUACGUGGAGCACAGCCACCACUUCAGUUCUCUGAUUGAUUUGGUGGAGCACUACAGCAUCAACACCCUGGCCAACACGGGCACACUGGGAAACCCCUGCAAGAGGAAAAAGCCCACCACCCCAGAUUUGAAUCAUUUUACAGUGGACGAGUGGGAGCUCCCGAAAGAGGAGUUCACCCUGGAGGAGGAGCUGGGCACGGGCUACUUUGCUGACGUCUACCGGGGACGCUGGAAAAACAUUAUUAACGUCGCCAUCAAGAUCCUCAAAAGUGACUCGGAGUUGAACCACAGAGAAUUUCAGAGGGAAGUUCAGAUCCUGAAGAGUCUCCGCCAUCGUCACCUUAUCGCUCUGUUCGCCAUCUGCACGGCCUCGACUCCUUACUACAUCAUCACCGAGCUGAUGGAGAAGGGCAGCCUGCUCAGCUUCCUCAGAGGUCCAGAGGGGCAGAAUCAGGACAUAGCAGUGCUCGUUGACAUGGGAGCCCAGGUGGCUGAUGGGAUGUCAUACCUGGAGGAGAAGAACAGCAUCCACAGAGACCUGGCAGCUCGAAAUGUCCUGGUGGGAGAGGACUACAUCUGUAAGGUGGCCGACUUCGGACUGGCCAGAGUGAUCAAGGAGCCGUUCUACAUCACAGAAGAUAAAAAGAUUCCCUACAAGUGGAGCGCUCCUGAGGCCAUCAGCCAUGGGAUGUUCUCCAACAAGUCAGACGUCUGGUCUUUUGGUAUCUUGCUCUAUGAGAUUACCACUCACGGAGGCGUUCCUUACCCAGCCCUUAGCAACCAGGAAGUGUACCAGCAGGUUAGCAGCGGGUACAGGAUGCCAGCUCCGGCUAAAUGUCCCGACUUUCUCUACAAAAUCAUGCUGAAAUGUUGGAGCGCCAAGCCAGGAGACAGGCCGGAUUUCAAGUCCCUCAAGAUCCAGCUUGACAGCAGCUCCUACGAAUUGGACUAACCGCCCCCCAACUUCCUGCAGGAACAUACUCACUGCUGCCCCACAGAGGGGCAGCAGAAAGUCUGACACAGAGCAGGGAUUGUGAUCUCUGAGGUGUCUCUAACAGAAACAAACUGAUUUUAGAGAAAGACUUGUCUUUGCAGUGUGCAAACCUGCAAAGCUUUAUGUCGUUUAUUCAGUACACUUGGGUUCGAACUAUUGAUCAUAUACAUUAUCAUGUUUUUUAGUGCUGAAACCAUUCACAAAUGGAAUUGGCAACAAUUUUUAUAAUCGAUUAACCAUUUCAGUAAUUUAUUUAAGCAAAAGUGUCAUUAAUUCUCUUGCUCCAGCUUGUCCAGUGUAAGAACUUAUAGUUUCAUUUAGUCUUCUGUGAGAGUGAACUGAAAUAGAUGUGGAUGUUAUCGACCAAACAAUUAAUUAGUCCAGCAUAUGCAUUGCAUAAAUGCAUCUCUAAUUUUCUUUUGUCCGACCAAAAUCCAAAGAUAUUGAGCCUGAAAAGCAGCAAAUCCUCACAUUUGGGAGGCUGGAGCCAGAGAUUGUUUGAACAUUUUUCUGGGGAAAAAAAAUACUUGAAUGAGUAAUCUAUUAUUAAAAUAGCUGCUAAUUAAUUUUCUGUCGAUCCAAUAGUCAAUUAAUUGACAAAUUGUUUCAGUUCUACAGUCCAUACUGCAAAAAGGUGGGAAGCCACUGACAACACAAAACAGCCAAUAUGUUUGUUAGAAUUUCCUACAAAAAUCAUAUUCUGAGUCUCUUUGUUCAGCUUCUUUAAUUUCUUCUCUUCAGCUUUUUUUGUCUUGAGACAGCAUUUUUAGCAUUUACAUGGAUCAUUGGCAAAGACAGGUCUGAUGGUUUACAGCCAAAAAAGAGAGUGGAUGUGAGAAUUUGCAUCAUCACAAAGUCUGAGGUGUGUCUUUGAAUGGACACCUUAUCUCACCUUCUGUCAACGUCUACUGAGUGCCAAAGUUUUUUCUUGAUCUGAAAGUCAUGACAACCUUAAAAAAAAAUCAAAGAGAAAUACAGAAGCUGCAAACUACUGCGUUGUAAAAAACAGUCUCAAACUUAAGUUAGCUUGGGGCCACUGCCACUUUAAUGUUUUAGUACGAUAAGAAAUCACAAUGUCCUGAAAUUACUUCCAUUACUAACAUCAUAUUUAACAAAAAAUGCAAUCAGCAGUUUCUAGACAUUUUUAUAUAAUCAUUUUAUAUCUUCUUUGCUGUUUGCAGCCCCUCCCUUCAUUCAACAAACUCACUACCUGUCAGCUCUGCAAUAUUAACCGUUGGCCUGCAAGGGGCAGCACAGUCCCAUUAUCUGAGUUAUCUAGUUAUCUAGUUCCUGUCUCGUCUAACUAGUGAAUGAAGAGUGAAGUUUUUAAUUGCACAAAUUAGCCACAAUUCACUUCACAAACUCUUCCAGUAUUUAAACAGUUUCUCUGAAAUCUAAUCCAGUCCUUCCUAAGCUGCAGUCAACUUUAAAUGCUCCAUUAAUCGGCAGAACCGAUGAGUAAUCACAUGGAAACAUAUGGAAACCUCCUUCCUCCAGCUGUCACUCAGUUACUUUUUGCAUCAGUGCCAUAGAUCAGCGUUUAAGCCCUUGAAAAUUUGUGAUCAUCGUCACUCAACCAAAGAUGUGACUUUGGCUGCAAUCCUCAUUUUGCAAACCCUCAAAUUCAUCUUACAUCACAGCUGGUUAAGACUAUAAGAAACGCCCCAACAAUGUUUGAAAAGAUGCAAAAUGCACAACAACAGUUAAAGCGAGGAAUCAAAAGCAACACAGUUGGUCCCCUCAACCAGUUUCAGGGUUACAAGAUAUUUUCUUGGUUACUAAAGCUUAAAAAAAACUGAAUCAAAGCAAUAAAACGUUCCUAUAGAUACUUCUAAACAAUUUGUAUUCGUUAUGUUUCUACAGUUUUGAUCCAAGGCCACAUUUUGUGUCCAGUUCUUUUAGAUUUUGCACAUCUAUAUUGCUGAUGAAAUCACUGGUAAGACCGUGUUUUUCGUGUCAGAUUUGUAAAUUAAUGAACACUUGUGGAACAGCAUGUACUGUCCCAUUUAAACAUCAGAUGGCUUAUCAAAGCAACUGCAUCAUCCAAAAAGAUAUGGUGAAAGUGUCAAAUGUAAACCACAUAUCACUUUCAACCUGGUGCAAACACAAUGUGAGUUUCUGCAUAUAUGUAGAGAUGAUGUUAUAUGUCUAUAAAUAUUGUAAUAAUGAUGGAUACGUUUGUUUCUAAUUGCUUUUAAGGACACUUUCAGUGUGCUUGUGUGUGCAUGUGUGUGUCUCUCUAUUCCCUCCUGUCUGCUACUGGAGUUAACUGGGUCAGUAAAAUUUGACCCCUACGUUCUCUAUCUCUGUCUGCAAGUUCAAGUUUAAUAAUCAAACAGCUUUAUUUGUACAGACAAACACUUUAUAAAUACAAUGAAAACAUUAAAAGAAUGAUAAAAUCCCACACAUACUGUUCAACGUUUUGGUCCCAAGAUCUAAGACUCAUAUUCAGUUUCAGUGGACGUGAGUAAGGUGCUGCUGUUCACCUGAUGAAGGUCAUAAAUCAAGUACAAGUGAUCAACAGUGUGCAGAAGAACAGUUUCCUAUCCAACACACCUGUCUAUAAAGAACUUUAUAGUAAUUGUUUCUUACUAUAAUCGAGGAAUAAAAGGAAAUUUUAUAAUUUGACAUUCCUCUACAGAUACAAAAAGUGAAAAAUUAGUUUUGUGUUGUCUGAUCGAUUAUGUUUUUUGGUGGGCGGCUACUAAAAUCCUUAGUUCCCAGAACCCAGAAUAGAAAAAAACACUGGCUUUAGGUGAUUAUACACUAACGAAAAAAACAUACCUAUGAAUAUUAUAUUCCAUUUCUGCCAACAGAGCCUCCUAAAUGUAACACACUGGACCUUUAAGUAAGGAUACAAUUUGGAAAAGCUGUUCCCAGACAGUUUUAAAUAAAUGGUUUUGUUUCCACAAUAGUU